AUGCUGCGAUGUCAGGAAUGUGGAACUGCAAAUGACUUCGAGCUGGGUGAUGGUACAGGUUACUGCAGAGUGUGUGGUACCCAGUCUCAGGACAUCAGAGAGGAGGUGGUGGAACUGGACGAUACCUUAUUCACCCAACAUAACGCUAGUGUCAGGCGAGUAGCCAAAGGUUUGAACAGCACCAAAACCACUGGGAUCCCGGACAGAAUAUGGACGGUAACAGAAGCCGUACAAGCAAUCCUCCUGAUCCAAACCAACGGUCUCAUCAGUCAAGGAGUCCCGGAGCAAUUAACAAACGUUGUAGGAAACCUCUGGUUCAGGUUCCUUGCUAAGAUCGGAACUAUAAACGUGCCGAAAGUGGAGCCAGUUGUUUUGACUGAUAUCUAUAAGAUCAGUAUUUUUGAUAACUUGGCUAUCCUGUAUUUAUCCCUACUUUCUAUACACUAUCCGGUGCUGUGUUGUGAUAUCCUGAGUUGGAUAGGUGAUGGGACUUUGUGCUAUUUCAACACAACUCGAUUGUUGCCUGAAUACUUCAAACCAAAAAAGCUUCUGGGGAGUUCACUCCGAGUUCGUAGUCUACCUACGUUAAAAAGUUUGAAAGAAAGGGUCCUGGCUGUUUCAGAUAUUUUAGAUGAUGUUCCCAAACCCAAGCUUCAUUUUAGUGUUCUAGCAGCUCUGUUCAAUAGACUGCGAACUAAAUUUGAAAUCUCAGCUAAUGAUGUCCAUUUAUUGUGCGUCGGACUUUUCAAAAAGUUUUAUAGGGCAGAAAACCAAACCAUGGUAAAUGUUGAACUUAUCAUAGCGGGGUGCUUUGUUACUGCUCUACGUCUCUUUUUCCAAUUUGAAAAUCCUGAUUCACCAAAAGAACCAUGGCUCAUUUGGUUUUUACCAUAUCUUAAAUCUAGGCAUGAAAACAGUGUAUGUAAUUUAGUUGAUAAAUCUAUAGUGGAAAGGCACGGUUUUGUCACCGAAAAACAUUUCUUAAACAUGCCUCUCGAAGAUUACUUAAAAUCAGUGGAAGCCAUCAUAUCCCAGAAUGUUAAAGUCUUAAAAGACUCCGAAUUGUCAAGCGAACUCAAACAGCAGUUUUCAAGUUUUCUUGAUGUUAAAUCUGAAGAUCAAAUUGUGCAGAAUGAAGAACAACAUGAAAAUGACUGUCCUAAAAACAGUGCUAAACGGAAAUACAAGAAGAAGUCAGAUGGGUUACAUUAUGAUAGAAAAAUACUAGUCUACCCUAUUGAUGAAUUAUUGGAAGAUUCAAUAUUGCCGCUGGAGCUGCAGAUUAUUAUAGAUGAUGUUGCAGCUCACUUUCAUAUCACCAGUUCUGACUUGUUUGCUGAGAUUCAGAGACUUGCUGGAUUUUUCGAUUCAAAGUGAUUGACUUUUUAACUGCAUAUUUUAAACGUUUUAUGAGCCUAAUUUCUAUUUUUAGUUAUUUUAAUCAUGAUGAUAUUUAAUAUUUGAUAUUUGAAAUUUGAUACAAUUGAUGCAAU